GAUACAACAACCACUGCAGAUACAACAACCACAGCAGAUACGACUACUGUAGAUACAACAACCACUGCAGAUACGACUACUGUAGAUACAACAACCACUGCAGAUACAACCACUGUAGAUAUUACAACGACUGCAGAUUCAACAACCACAGCAGAUACGACUACUGCAGAUACAACAACCACAGCAGAUACGACUACUGUAGAUACGACUACUGCAGAUACAACAACGAUUGCAGUUACAACAACUACAGAUACAACGACUGCAGAUACAACAACUGCAGAUACAACCACUGCAGGUACAACUACUGUAGAUACUACGACUGCAGAUACAACCACUGAAGAUACAACCUGCAGAUGA